UUUCGACUGAAAGUGAUUCGGUAUCGUGUAUUGUGGGUGCGCGGUGGCCGUCGGAAGUGGCCAGCUGCCGGAAAAACUAGUGGUCAGGUGGAUGCUCGGCCGUUCCCGAGCCCUAUGGACAUGUAAUUAUACGGUGGCCACGGGUGAUUCCGUCGUUGGCGAUUGUGAACAAAUGAAAUUUGUAAUGCUGGUGUGGUGCAGUUUCCUACCUGUAUCAACGAGAGUGUAUGGUGGCGGUGUGGUGUGGGUAAGGUGGCAGGAGAUUCUCCGCCCGUGCAUGAUUUUUUUCUAGUGAUCUAGAGGGUGAUCAGUGUAUUUGUGUUGUGUAAGUGUGUGGUGCAAGUGAUUUAACAACACAAGCAUAAUACACGUGCCUCCACAGCAGCAGCAGCAGCAGCAGGCUCCAGCGCAGUGAGAGUGAUAGUAAGAGAAAAUUGAUAGCAGUGAGGAAAACGGCGCGGUGGUAACCCCUGUGUACAACCCCCGGCCACACUGUACGCGUGCAUGAUCCUCUGUUACAAAUGCAGUGAAAAUGAGCCGUCAGCAAUAUAGUGUGUACGCCGGAAUGGUGGUGUGUUAGUGGUGGGUGCUGAUAGAAGCAAGCAAGAUAGAGCAGGAAGGAAAGCCAGCGAGUGCAUAGUCCUCCCGUCUGAUUAUACAGCAGUGCAAUUCAAGAGACACAUUUUCCUAGUCCCAACUUGCGGGGUGGAAAUAUUUUCCAGAUCUCUGUGUAUUGGGGGCGAAACUAGCGCACACACCAAGGUGGGGCUGGUUCGCAGCGCAGAAUUAAAGGGAAAAAAAUGUGAAAAAGAAGAGUGAAAGGAAAGAGAGUGAAAUAGCAAGAAGGUGAGAGUGUGUGUUUGUGUGGGUGGGUACGUGCGCGUGUGUGUAACACCCAAGAGAAGAAAGUGUACGUAUGCCGCAAGUGAUUACAUCGUGCGGGUACGAAUGGAAUGCGAGAAUAGUUUAAAAAAAUCAAUUUGCAAUAGAAAAGUAGCCUUACAGCAAUAGAGCAGCAUUGAGAGAAGAAAGAAUUUAGUGAUCGUGUACAAAAUUCUUCAUAUACAUGCAUCUAUGUGUCUAGUGUAAUAGCGCGCGGGAGUGUGUGAGUCGGUGAUUGGAGGAAACCUAGUUUAUCAUAUAUAUCGAUGACGAGCCAACCCAAGUGCAAUAACGGUGGAUGAAGCGAUUUAACCCGCAGAAGGGCGGCUUCGCCUAAUGGCGGUAAAUGGCCAAAAGCCAACUGCUACCGUGCCCAUGCCACUGGCAGAAUAGUGCAAAGCUGAAGCAAAGCAUACAACACAAAAAAGCAAAAAUCGUGCCCGAUUGGAAUGUUGAGUGUAUUGUGUUUCAGUUUGACCUGUUUUAGUGUGUGCCGUUGAUCGUGAUUAACGCCAAUUUGCGAUUGCUUCCGCGAAGUCGGAAGUUUCGGAGUCAGUAAAUGAAAACCAGCAGCAAUAAUCAACCUCCAGUGCAAUCGUUACGGCGUUGUACGCGCAAUGCAAUGAAACAACAGUGUAAGGGGAAACGCAAUAGCAUCGACGACAGAAACAGUAGUAGCAACGUUCGUUUGUUUCGUUCGCCGGGACUUUGCAGGACGUCUCAGCGCUUUUCUUAAUCUACACACAAACACAUAUACGCAAGCGCACGUUUUAAGCAUAAGCCACCAGUAGCGCCAUCGAUUGAUCGGCAGAUCACAUCUCCGUCUUCAUCGGCACUGUCGUCUGCGUCGUCACUCCGGACGACCGGCGUAGUCGGUGAAUUGGACAUGAAAAAAUCGCUAUACCCAAGGCACGACGAUGAGCAUGAAAGGAUGGAGCGAAGAGAACGGGAUAAACAAGCCCGUGCCCAACUACAGGCCGAACGGGAACCGGAACCUACAGCACCACUAUUUGCAGCGCCGGUUAAAGUGCAAAGUCCAUCAGAUAUGGACAUGCAUAUCGCACAGCGACUCGGAAACUUUGAAGUAGCGAGGAAGCACAUCCUGGAACCGUCCACGUCGUAUCAUGUGAUCGGUAUUGCGCCAACCCCCUCGACGCCCCUACGUCCCUCCAGCGUGAUGCCCAGCCUGGUCUCUGGCAGCCACCAUCGGUCGCUUCCACCAAAAACCAAUAGCAAUAGUAGUAGUACCAUUAGCAAUAGUAUCGCCAACUUUGUCAAGCCGGCCGACAAUCGCUCCAUGUACAAUGGACGACCAGCGUCGCUGUCGGGGACAAGCGCGGGACGUAACAGUCUACCAGCACACUACUCGUCCUCGACUUCCUCAUCCUCUUCCGCACCGGGGUCGUUCAACAAACAUGAGGUGCAAGGAUUCUCAUCAAAAGGACCGCCUUCGUCCGUUCCACCUUCGGCAAUGAACGGGCGAGCCUCGACGGGUGGAAGUAUUGGCAGCAAUAGCAGUAGCGGAGGACCAGGAAGUGGUGGCCCAUCCUUCGGCAGUGAUAAGUUACCCUCGCAAAUGGCCAACGGUCGAUUGCCACAGGUUGCCAAUGCAAAAAUGCCUAGAGUAACUUCAAGUGAUAUUUCAACUCCGCUCAAACAGGGCAGCAACGUGGAGAAGAUUCUGCACGAGAUGAAGAAGAACGUCUUAACGCCGUUAACGGAGAUCGGGGCCACACCGCGUAAGGAGUUGGAAUCGAAGUUUAACUUCAACAACCCGAGCGCAAACACGAGGCACGUUUAUGCCACCCCGCCACUGCUCGGAUCCCUGAAACCAUUAGUGGGAGGUGCCACGAAAUCGUCCCUUUCCGGAUUGUCGAUGCUUCGUCCACUGAGCUCAAACAUAGAGGACGAUAAUCCCAACAACGGUUCGGAUAGUGAUGAUGGUGGAGAUGGCGAGUCUAAGAAACGCAAUUCUAGUGAUACCUCAUCGAACGAAAGUGCAGAGGAAUCUUCGAGCGAGGACUCCAACAUUGGCAAUAAGCGGAGUGGAAGCAUUCCCAUUUUAAGCGGUCCAAUGGGUGGGGAAGUAAAUGGAAAUGUUGGUAGCAUAGCGGGAGCAGAAACCGGAGUGAAUGGACCGGCUGGCACUGGAGGAGGUGGUGGUAGUGCGGCGGGUGGCAAUAGCAGUCCCGUGCGGAGACCCAGCGAUUGGUCGCUCCUGAACUUCCUAAAACAGCCUACCAGCAGUAGUCAACAAGUGCCAACAAGCGAAAGUGCCCCACAUAUGGGUGGUGCCACCGGGGACCGCUCUGGUUCUCAUCAUCACCAUCAUCAUCAGAACCAACACCACAAUCUGCAACACGCGCUUGAGGAAAACUCCAUAUCAUCUCCAUUGCGGCUGCCACGAUUGGGUGGUGUGAAUGACGGCGGGCAUGGAUUCAUUGCGUCACCUAUUGCGGAUGGCCGUCCCGCUAGUGGAGCGCCGGUAAAAAACGAACCCCUGCCACCGUUGGACGAUGAUCACCUGUCAAAUGCAAGCAGUAGUGCGAGCAAUGGCGAACUGCCUGCAGGCCAGGGUUUACCUUCGUCCGGUAUUAACGCAUCAUCCUCAUCGUCAUCGUACGUAAAGCAAGAACCGUAUCCCAGCGAAAAUAGUGCCUCGCCUCCGCACGGUAUCAAAAGUGAGCUAAAGGAUGACGUCGCCGACCGGUUAUCGUUGUCUAGUCCCACGAAAAGUCCGGAGCAACAACAUCAUCACGUUGGUAGUUUUAACCUCCACAAUCGUCAGCAGCAGCACCUGUUCGGUCACGGUAACGUCGAACAGGAAGAAGUGAUAUGUGCCCUUCAGGAAGCCAAAGAGUUUAGCCUGAGUUUAGCCAAACCUAUCUCGAGCAUGUCGGAUUCCGAUUCCGAUGACACAGAUCUGCCCCCGGUAGUCGGCGGUGAUCUUGAGCAGCAUCGUGUGAAUCUGCAUCAUGUUAAUACGCAUACAUCUCAUCAGCCAGAGGGUGAUCCGGUAGUGCCUGGCAAUGGUAUAGCAUUAAUGUCGGCAGCAGCUAACGUAACGAAGAAGAAAAAGUGGAAACGUAAGCUACUGGCUGGUUCUGGGAACGAGCGCGAACCUCGCGAUUGUUCGACGAGCAGCAGCGAAGACGAACGGUAUGGUGCUACGAGACGAAGCCGGUCGCAGUCCUUUGAGAAGGAUAAAGCACACCUGAAAGCACGUGGCCGAGCGCGUAAAGGACACACUAGUAAUACUCAUAGUAGUGGUGGAGGCGGAGGUGGUACUACGAGUGCUGCUUCCAGUGCACGAUACUCCGAUGCCGACUCGAUAGCAAGCGGCGGUGGCCAUCGAUCCAGCAAAACAUCAUCACACGGAUCGACACCAACGAAAAAGGGUGGCGCAUCGUCGUCGGCGGUAAAUUCUAUAGCGUUCACCCAUGGAGUGGGCGAUGCAGGAGGAAUAGCGGGUAUAAUGAGCCCUCCGAUAAGCAUACCGUCCGUGGAUAGAAUCGUUCUGUCGAAAAAGGUAUCCUCCCGAAAGUCACGCUCCUCGAAAAUUCGCAGCAGCGAAACAGUGCUUUCCACCGGGAGUAGUUCCUCGUCGUCUGGUUCGUCUAUGGAAGCCGGCGAUUCCGCUGAUUCCGAUUCGGGCAAUGAGAGAUCUACCCCAGUACCGGUAGAGAUCGGUCCCGCUGUACCGGCGUUGAAGGUGAAGAAGCAUAAAACAAAGAAAAAACUCGACAAGACGGUGCCUGUGGACGUCCUCACGACCAACAUAUCGGCAAGCAAGGGAAGCAGAACAGCUCUCGCCAACGAUGUUUCCUUGAAGAAUGGGCCCAGUAAUGGUAGUGCGAGCAGCCGGAGUAACAGUAACUAUCACCUGCACAACCUUUCUUCCGAUAGCAAUGACGAGGGGCCUUCCGUAUCAUCGCCGUUCCAAAGCAAUGGAGGCAAAGUGGCAGAAGUUGCAACGGUCGGAAGCUUUCCGAAGAAAAACAACAAACUGUCAACGAGCCAAACUUUGGUCGAAGAAGACGAAACCCGCACGCUUAACUCCAACGGUAACAAAGCUGUCGAUGACGAUGACGACGACGAUGAUGAUCGCUCGGAUACCCACAGCGAUAGUGAUAGCGAUACUCCAACCAAAAAAGAGAAGAAGCAAAAUAAAAACAAGAAAGCGGCUCUGUUUGCUCGAGUGUUUAUAAACACGGCCGCCGGUAGUGGCGGUAAGGGAAAGGGCGGCAAAGGCAAAGGCGGUAAGGGUAAAGGUCAAGUUUACAUUGACCAUGUGGACGAGCUGAAUGUGGCAAAAAGCAAUGGCGCUUCAACGACACCAAAUACGAACAAUCAAACUGGAUCAACCACAGAGCAGCGUCGAUCAACAACGCAGCAGCCGCAUCUCGCCGUGCCUGAGCUGGUGGGCAGUGUGGAUACACCGCCCAGGCCAUCCUCGGAGACGGGAGAGAGUCGGCCGAGCAGCCGAGCGACGGGGAUUACCGCUGCCGUCUCACCUACGCUGGACAAGAUGCUCUUCUCACAUACCAGUGGUGCCUUAAGUAACAACAACCUUUCCCUUGUCUGUCGGAUUGAUCUGAGCCGUCUGUUAAAAAUUCCACCGCCACCACCACAGAACCGACCACAGCCAGGGCUGCGGACUCAUGAUAUUUACAACGCACACCGCAGUGCCUCUUCCGUGCGGCAGAAGAGCAACAGUCCGUACGAUCAGCUGCACGGCAAGCGGCGCCGGAGCUCGGUUGGGCAGCAGGAGCACCAUGAUCGAAGUGGCAGCUCGGUGCACAGUUCCUCCUCAACCCCACGGCUGCUGGAAGAUCGCGUGCUGUUCGGUGGAAGUGUUCCCUCUCGUGUGCUGGCCGACGAAUGUUCCCCGGUACUAGAGAAUGGAAUAUCGUUGCGACAUCGAAGCAAUUCCAUCAAUAGCGAUCACAGUGGUGCGGCCCAAAAGGCCCGCGACUAUCGUGGUGGAAUUGAUGUUGCUUAUGGUGGCAGCAAUUCUCCGUCGAUACACCAGCGACAUAGUAGUCAUCAAACUGCCUACGGUAGUAAUCACCACCAUCAUCUUGGCAGCCAGGCUGAAAACAGUGCAAAAGGUGGCGACAGUGAAAAGUACGACGAGAAGCUGUUGACGAAAUCCGAAAAGCUCAACUACGAUGAACAACGCCUUAAAGAGGAUAAAGCAUCUGCAUUGCUGUAUGGCGAUAAUCGUGGGAAGGGAAAAUAUUCAAACUAUGGCGGCGUCAUCAAGCAGGAAGGCAGUGUGGGAGCGGCUCAAUCAUUGAUUAAGCAAGAGUACAACAGGGAUGACCUAUUGGUGGAUGGCAAGCUAGGGAAGCAAACGGUGGGACCUAUUGUGGCCAACGGUACGAUAGGAGAGGGAGAAUCGAUCGGUUCGUUGGCUGGAAGCGGACGAAUGCGUAAGCGAUCCACCAGUGCCGGAAGCAACAAUACGUAUAAGGAAAAGCGCCGAAAAAAGGAUAAAUCAUCCUCCAAUUCACAGACUGAUCAAUUAGACCAACUUCCGCCGACCAACCACGACCGGUUAGACGAGUGCACUCCGGGUGUAAACUCAGGUCGGACCGCAAUAGCGACCGAACGUGGUUCCAUCGGAGGACAACAGCAUCCAGCAGCGUUGCAUCACAACAGUUCCGGACACCAUCAAGGCCAGCAGCAGCAACAGCAUUUGCUGUCGGUCGGUCCUGGCAAUGGAUUCGAUGCAGGCAGUGCACCAAUUACGGACGGCGUUGGUGUUGGACCACCGGCCGAAGUCCCGGUGCAGAUAAAGAAGGUGUAUGUGUCGUAUUUCGAGCGCAACGACGAAGUACCGGAAAUACGGGACCAAAGCCGUUUUCUGUCGGAGGCUAAGCGGUUAAAGCAUGCAGCCGAUCGAGAAGGAGACCAUUUAGCGCAAGCAAUGCUGUACCUGGAAGCCGUGCUGUUCUUCUUGCUCACCGGCGACACGAUGGAGCGCGAUCCGAUAACCGAGAAAGCUGCCUUCACGAUGUACAAAGAUACGCUUUGUUUAAUCAAAUUCAUUUCGUCCAAAUUUCGAAGCCAACUGCAAAAUCAAACACCUCAGGGUAAAAUUCAUACAAAGGUGGCCAUUCUAAGUUUGCGCUGUCAGUCGUUGAUAUAUCUCAAGCUGUACAAGAUGCGGCGGCUCGAAAUGAAGGAAACAGCAAAGACCAUAGGCGAAUUUAACCACAAAACCAGCACUGUACCGGCUGAGUUGGCCAAUGGAAACACCCCAUCACCACUGUCACCAACUUCGGUCGGAUCACAGAGCUCCGGUUACAGCUCUGGCCAGAACAACCACGUUGGAUCUAUGCCACCGAUGAAUUCGUCCCCUGCCCAAUGCAUUAUUAUGCCAAUAAAUGUUCACAAUGCGUAUCAGAAGCAGACCACAUUGUUUACACAUCUUUCCACGUGUCUUGAUCUUUGGGAGCAAGCGGACUCCUUAGUUUCACGGGGGAACCAUGUCGACUUUUUCAUCGAACUGGAUCAUGAAAAUGGACCUAUGACGCUUCACAGCUCGCUGCACAAUGUCGUCAAGUACGUGCAAGCCGGGAUUCAAAAGUUGCGGCGCAUGUAACAUUGGGCAUUGUUGGUAGAACCGGUGCAGAAGCGGCUAGGACCGUACUAGCCAGUUUGCUAUUCUGAUUGACAAUAAUGAGCAACGAUAAAAACGACGCUGGGAACGGUGCUAGACAUGGAAGGAAACUCUGUCCUGUGUGCGAGUGUGUGUGUGUGCUUUGGUGAAUCUCUCACACACUGGCAGCAAUUCGUCGUUGAACGCUAUCAUAUUCCAUCACUCGAACGAUGACUACGAUUCUGGACCUGGACCCAGCAAUUUUUCCGUGGUAUGUACGACGCAGAGCAUCGCAAAAGCAAUCGGCAUCAUGCAAUUCAUCACUAUUCCUGCUAAAGAUGCUCUCGAAUCGCAAUCGGCUGAGAUCGUGGAGCUCGUUGAAAGGGUGGAAAAAACAUGGUGCUAUAUCGUCCGCUCCGUUGCAUUAGACGCGAUCAUGUAUAUCAAGUGUGAUUACUCGCGACUGGAGGGUGGUCAACGUUUGCAAUCAAUAUAUCUAGUAACCAACCAAAAAUAUGGGAACAUGUUGGAGAACGGUGGAGAAGCACCGUAACCAGAACCAGAGAAGCAGGAGGAGGAGAUCAGCAUACAAAAAAAAAAAAAACAAUCAACAGCAGCAACAGCAGAAGCAGCAUCGUGAUCGUUGUUCAAAAAAAAACCUACAUAGCUCAACUGUGUGUGUGCGCUUUUGUUACUUCACAGCCGUAGAGGCAUCUAACUAAUCGUAUUCGUUAUACACAAAAUGACCCCAUAUAGUAGAAGGUGUGUAAAAUAAUUUAUAUGUUGUCUUGCUUUCUCGUUGAUCAUAACGCUGAAUAGUGGAUUAAGUUAUCGGUAGAAGCAGCCAAGCAGUAGCAAAGUCAUCGUGCGUAGAAGAUAGCGGUUAACAAUUUUGUUGAAUCGUGUGUGUGUGUGUGUUUUUUUUUACGAGUAUCUGCCUUUUUUACAAACUUUUAGCAAAUUAUGAUCGGAACCACGGUUAAUGAAACGCGCUCCACACACUCUCACACACGGCCAGGCUGAUGUAGAAUGUGCUUCAUUGCGGACUGACGUUUUUAUCUGUCGUCUCUUACAGACAAGUAUUGUGUGCUUAAAUCGUUCUUUGGCGCUUGCAUUGUAAUGGUUCUUAUUGAGGUUUUACACCGGUUCGUAUCCAAUGGCAAAGCCGGCAUCGGUCGAACAGUGUUGAGAUCAGGUUCAGUCAAUGGGAAUGGACAUUUCCUACGACUUUUUUAAGCAAAACACACACACACACACACUAAAGACAGACUCUAAGGUGGUACCGAUGGUCCUGUUCCUAACAGGUUUGCUAGCAAAAACGCAUAAACGUAGUGAGCGGAUGGUGAGAUGCCGGCCCUGCCUGCUGGUAGGUGUAGUAGUAGUAGGUGCAUCGGUUUUUAUACACAAAAGGAAAGGUACCCGCGCGGUAACAGCUACAUGUAGUCAGCGAAUCAAUGAUGAAAGGUGAAACGUAAACGUAAGGCUAUUUUAUAUGUUGUUUAUAGAGUUUUUAAUUAUUUACAUGCUUAAUGCUCACGUAAAAAGAGAGAUGUGUACACACGAAAGACUUAUUGAAGAGACAGAGAGUAAAAAAAAAAAAAACGGCAAGACUUUUAGAGCAGGAAGUACCGUGAACAAGCAAACCGGCAACACGUUGAUCACAGAUUGUAACAGGAAACAAACACACACACAUACAUUACGUAAAAGUAGCUUAAUUUAUUGAAUUGAAGGUACUAUGGAGCAGCAGCAGUAACAACAACACCACAGUGAAAGAGCAACGAUCGGUGGCUCACAUCAAACAGAUUAUUUAGGGGAAUGGAAAAUAAGUAGUCAACAGUGUGUGUGUGUGUCGCACUAUUAUCUCUGCCAUGUAUCCCUUGCUCUUAUCUCUGCCUUGUUCGAAAAAGCAAACGGAGAUUAAGUGAUGUUUGCUUAGUUCGUUGAAUCGUUUGUUAGCUAUUUUAAUCAAAUGUUUGCAUAAGCAGUGGAUGAAUUAGAAGAAGAAAACAAAAAGUCAGACAACACCUCGCUUUGGAUAAGGGGUUUCUUCGUCUCUAAAUGGUGUUGCUAAUCGAAAGCUUUUUAUAUUUUUUUAUACAUAGAUUUUUGAAUUGCUAUACCUCUAAAAUAUCCACACUCAUGCGUUAUGGUGCAAGGCUCACAUGGUUUCUGAUGCUUACAGCGGUACAAUCGAAAACCUUCUCUAAAUUGCAUAGACUAAUUCGUCAACACCUUUUUUAAUUUCUUUUUCCACCCCAUAUCGAACGAUUUGCAGUGUGGGAGUAUUUUUUAUUAUCAUAAAUUGUUUACCCUGUCACGUAGUAAUAUUUGCCCUCCUUCCUACAAUCUACCAACCCACCACAGCAGCUAGCCCGAUUAGAUGAUAAAUGAUCGCGCCACUGGAACUGGCUAUAAGUUGUGCAGCAGUCUAGGCAAACGUACAACGAGCGUGACAGCAAAUAGCAAGCGAAAAGAUUAACUGGAAUAGCUCAAUUAUUAAGAAAUUAUUGCCUCUAAGUCGCGUCCUACAAAAUUGUUGGAAGUAGUAGGAACCCUGUGUAUCGUGCCGAAAAUGUAUCCAUGGUGAAUAGGAAAACGAACAACACCACACACAUACACACCACAUGUUGUUUAACGUUUUACGUUUUUAUUGUUUUUUUAAUUUUAGUGUUUUCUGUUUUAUUUAUAUUUUUCUUGAACUGUCGCCCAAAACGCGGUUAAACACCAAAACGAUGCUUCAAAAUUUCGAUUUUUAGUUAUUGUUGACUGACUGACUGACUACCACUGUUGAUAGUUGCAAAGUUAUUCGUGUUUUUUUGUGUUUGUUUUUACUUCCUAUGAUAAGGGAAUGUAUAGUUGUUUUUGUUUUGGGGACCAAUGGUUUCAUAUCAAUAGAAUCCUCCUCUCCUAGCGCCUUCUCUUCCUUAAUCGGAAUGCUAAACAGUAAGCGUAGCGGUUGAAGAUAGUCGGGCACACAAGGUGAUGAUUUACAGUCGAUUAAAUGAAUGCUACAUAGUAAGAGCACCAAAAACGGGUAGUGAGUGUGUCAUCCGAUAUUGAAUCCAAAUAAUUUAUUUUUCGCCUUCUGAUGGACUACAACCGUGAGAGGUUGUAGGUCGGCAGCGGGUAUGAAUUAUUUUCUCUCUUCCUCUCGUUCUAUCUAUCUAAUGAAUGAUGCUCUGUAUCAGUGUCCCUACAACCCGCUAGCAUUACGUACCAAACAAUAAGCAACGUGAAUAGCACAGUACUGAAAAUGCCUGUAGAAUGAUAACCCCCUUUUAAUUGAUUUGAUUUGUGUGUCGCAGUAUACUAAAAGGCACGCGGAACAAGAUACUAAAGGAGCAAUUCAACUACAUUUUUGAAAGAAGAGGGUUCAUAGAACAACAGCAGUGAGAAAGAACGUGGCUAGGGGCAAACGUUGAACAAGACAAUGCAAAUUUAACACACACACACACACACACACACAGACACACACAAAACACCUUUAUUCAUUCACAAAGUGCAACUCAACUCAAAGCAAACGCAACUAUUGAUAAUUUAAGUGAAAAAAGGGGGAAAAGCAGAAACAUAACUGGUAACAAAAGCAACAACCUGCGGGCAACUUUGCGGAAAGCUUUUCUGCCAAAGUGCCAACAACCGAAAGCAUUACUAAACUAAAAGACUAUAAUAUUGUACGAAACAAACACACACACACACACGAACCACUUAAAACCGAUUCAAAGAGCAAUGGCAAUUAGAGCAAGCGGCAGCAGUUCUUCAUGAUGUAGAUGAUUUCAGAUUUGAUGUGGAAAGCUUUUUGAGAAGAAAGCCAACAGAACUAAGUAAUACACUCACGACACACCACAGGACAAAGUAGUAGCAUUACGUCGUACGCCGUUGGAUUGGAUGGGUCGCGAAGGAUGGGCGUAAUUAAAAUGACAUUUGAACACGUAGUGUGAAAAUUGAUAACAGACAAGUGGCAAGAGUGAAUCCGAUCAAAAGCAAAAAUCGACUCAACAAGGAACCGAAAGUUAAAUAGAACAGAAGCUUAAAGUGUAUUGUGAGACAUUAUAUUAGCGCUAUACAUCUCUAUAUAUAUACAUGCAUACACAUCGAUAUAUAUAUAUAAAACAAAACAAAAAACUAUAUAUUGUAUACACAGAGGUAGGGUCGACAAACGUAUGGGCGGUGGUGUAACAUUGAGUUAGAGUUAUAAGCAACUGUAGGGAAUCAAAAUUGUAAAAACAAAAAGCAACCAACAAACAAGCAAACAAACAAACAAACUAAAAAACAACAAACAACCAACCAACCAACGGGGUAAAGGCUUAAAAAUCGGAUGACUGAAGAUCGAGAUCAGUACAUUUGCAUUUUAAAGCAGCAAAAGAAGCAAUGGGCAUAAAUCGAAGGAAGGAUGCGCAGGAUUGAAUAACCUCGAUUUUAAGGAAAUGAAACAGCACAUACAAUUACAAUUGACUUAGAGUUACUAUGUAAAAUACACAAACCACAAACCACAAACCAGAAAA